CUUCCAGAGCCAAAGAUGUUUGUCUUGCUCUAUGUUACAAGUUUUGCCAUCUGGGCAAGUGGACAGCUUCGGGGUAAUCAGUUCAAAGGAGAAAGUCACUCCCCAAGGUAUAUCUGUAGUAUACCUGGCUUGCCUGGGCCUCCUGGUCCCCCAGGAGCUAAUGGAUCACCUGGGCCACACGGUCGUAUUGGCCUUCCAGGAAGAGAUGGUAGAGAUGGCAGGAAAGGUGAAAAAGGUGAAAAGGGGACCGCAGGUUUAAGAGGCAAGGCUGGACCUAUAGGACCAACUGGAGAGAAGGGAGACCAAGGAGAGACUGGCAAGAAAGGACCUACAGGACCAAGUGGAGACAAAGGAGAUCUAGGUCCGAUUGGACUUCCUGGGCCAAAGGGAGACCGAGGAGAUCAAGGUGAUCGAGGGCUACCUGGUGUCUGCAGGUGUGGGAGCAUAGUACUCAAAUCUGCCUUUUCUGUUGGUAUCACCACCAGUUAUCCAGAAGAAAGAUUACCCAUUGUGUUCAACAAGGUCCUUUUCAACGAAGGGGAGCACUACAAUCCAUCAACAGGAAAGUUCAUAUGUGCAUUUCCAGGAAUCUAUUAUUUCUCUUAUGAUAUCACAUUAGCCAAUAAACAUCUGGCAAUUGGGCUAGUACACAAUGGGCAAUUCAAGAUAAAAACUUUUGAUGCUAACACAGGGAACCAUGAUGUUGCCUCUGGAUCCACAGUAAUCUACCUUCAGCCAGAAGAUGAAGUGUGGCUUGAGAUCUUCUUUACGGAUCAAAAUGGUCUUUUCUCAGAUCCAAGUUGGGCAGACAGUUUAUUUUCUGGAUUUCUUUUGUAUGUUGACACAGACUACCUUGACUCCUUAUCUGAAGAGGAUGAAUUGUGAAGGUGGUUGACAAUCUGAAACCCUCCCUCCCUCAUUAUGCAAACUGACAGAGGAUCUAAUCUGGGACCCAAAGAUGGUAAAACAGCACUGCCACAAUCUGAAAGAACUACCAAACAGAUUCCGGAGGAAACUAUGGAUGUUUUCAACAGAAUACAUUGAAGCAAGAUGCUAUACCAAACAGCUGGGACCACACAGAAUGAAUUAUGUAAAACAAUAACCCCAGAUAUGAAUUCCCUUGAA